CUCCGGUCAUCUCCACGAUCGUGGGCGGCCGAGCUUUUCGCGGGAUCAGUCUCGAGCGGCUCCCGUCCCGUCCGGAGCUUUCCCGUUUUCGCCGGCCCCUCCGCCCGGAGCUUCCGGUCCGCCCCCCGGGUUUUCCGGUCCUCGGUACCGGUCCGGGGUCCGCCGUUCGAAAAUCCCGCCGCCGGUGUCGAUGUGUCGUCAUGUGCUGUGUCCUCGGAAAUCCGUCGCGCCAAAAUGAAGGAAUGGAAUUUUAGUGAUGAUACGAGUGCACGCCGGGGAAGCGACGUUCUGUAUCGGUUGUGCUUUUUGGUUCCCUUUUCGCUCUAGUUUUUAGAAUUUGGUCCCGCCCAAAGCGACCGUUGACCUCGUUUUCUUGGAAUACGGACCCCCUUUUCGCUUGCGCGUGGAAUAGAACUCGCACUUGUUUUGUGUGUGUGAGUGUGUGUGUGUGUCUACUGACGUUUCAAAUCGACGGAACCCCGUUCUUUGUUCGGACUGAUUCUGCUGAAUGUAUAGUGGACUUCUCCGCUUGCUUACCUCUCUUCGGCGCUCUAAGUGGAUUCCAAAGCGUGAAAAGAAAAGAUCGUGUUUGAUGAAUUUUUCCUGGUUAAUCAUCCUGGCUCUGCUGGCAAAGCGUUGAAAGUUACUUUUCACUAGUUACAUAAGUGCCGCUUUUUUAAAUUUUUCAUUAAAAUAGACUUGUUUUCUUAAAUUCUUUUACUCUAAUUUAAAAUGAUAAAAGGUUAAAGGCCAACUUUUAACAACACUUUCCUCCCCCUAAGUAUGAACUAUACUUAUUCCUCUAAAAAGUAUAUAAAGAACUUUCUCAUGGAAUUAUUAAAAAAAUGUUAUACCUAGAUGCUUUUUCUGUGAUAUUAGUGCCAUUCUGGACUGUUUGAAUGUCUUCUACGAUGUCUGUUCCACGUCAAUAUACCAGCUGCACAUCAAUUUGACAGGACCAAGAAGGAUGGUCAAAAAAAGAAGAUAGCAAGAGGCAACUCUUGAAAGUUUUGUCACAAUGCUGCUGUAGAAAGAAGAAGAACUUUUUCUGGCUAUGCAAAAAUUAAAUGCUGUUUUACCAUAUUCCAUUAGACAUAAUUUCAUAUUUGUGGUGCUAACUUAUAUCGCGAUGGCUUUGGCAUUCCUUCAAGUUACUCAUUCUGAAUGUCCUGAAAAGAACAGUAAGGACCCCCCGCGUGGGUCUCUCUAAUCUCUGUCUCGAACACUACGUCAGUAUUGUGCGCGAUAUCAGUAUUUUAUUGUUAGCUACGGUAAAUUAAUGAGUUAAGCAGGACUUAAGUUUUUAAGUUUGAACGUACCUAAUGAAUUUACCUCGGGGCAUAUUAAUGGUGUUAAAUUCAACUACUGUUACGGCACUCCUCUUGCCUGGAGCUCUGAUUAAUACUACACAAUUCUAUCCCCUUUAAUGGAUUACGUAUUUCGAAUGAUGGAUCAGCCCUUCCUGGAGGAGUCAGAGCAAGAUGAGAGCAAUCUUCUUUGGAAUGAGAGCGCUCCACAGUGGGCAGUCAAUCCCACAGAAGAUGGUGCAGCGAAGAAAAGAAAAGCCUGGACCAAUGAGUUUGAAUCGACUAAAAUCUUGAAGUUGGACACUGGGACUAGUCAAAACGCAGCUGUCAACAGUACAGAAGAUUCGCCCAGAUCAACUGGGAAUAAAAUAAAUUCUUGGCAACAAGUAGAAGAUCUUGCCGAAAAUUUGGUAGCGGAUUUGGAUGGAAGUUUCUCUGGGCUCAGUGUUGAUCUUGUGUCUGGCCAAUACAAUAUCAGUGACGCGUUUUUGUCUCUUCCAUCCUUAACUGUGUUUAAACAAGAAAUUCCGUCUCCAAAUACCAAUACAUCAGACAAUUUUGUGAGUCAGCAAUCGCCUACAGAUAAUUGUCCUGAAAAACCAGACUCCAACAACUUACAAGGCGUUAAGGAACAUAGUUACGAAAAUACGAAUUCAUUUAACGACCGUAAGCAAAAUUAUCCAGCUUUUGUAAGUAAAGAUGGAGAAACCUGUGGCGAAUCAGAUAGCGAAAAUAUGGUCUCAUCAGUUAUCCCGACUUCAACAGCAUCUCCCUUGCCAGAUGACUGCAGAUUUCAAUAUGUAUUGGCUGCAGCAACAUCAAUCGCAACCAAACAGGGUGAAGAAACCCUAACCUAUUUGAAUCAAGGACAAUCGUACGAAAUAAAAUUGAAGAAGCUGGGUGACUUAACUGGUUUUCGUGGAAAAAUUCUCAAGUCUGUCGUGCGUGUGAUGUUUCAUGAUCGACGUUUACAGUACACAGAGCGGGAACAAAUGGCGAAUUGGCGCGCAACCCAUCCAAGCGAUAGACUUCUCGAAGUUGAUCUACCGCUAUCGUACGGUAUUUGUGAUCUCGAACAAGAUGACAAAAUGAUUAAUACAAUUGAGUUCUUGUGGGACCCAACAAAUGAAGUUGGUGUCUACAUAAAGGUCAACUGUAUCAGCACCGAGUUCACACCGAAGAAACAUGGCGGGGAAAAAGGUGUUCCUUUUCGCAUCCAAGUUGAAACUUAUUUACAGGGGAAGGUCCCUCAUUGUCUCCAUGCUGCUUCUUGUCAAAUUAAAGUAUUUAAGCUGAAAGGAGCUGAUCGAAAGCAUAAACAAGACCGGGAGAAAAUCCUCAAAAGACCCGUUGGUGAGCAGGAAAAGUACCAGCCAUCAUUCGAGUGCACUAUCCUCUCUGAAGUACCGUUGAACAGCGACUCUCCUUCUCCCUUAAUCUCUCUCUCAACACCAUUGACCAAUGGCAACAGCUCUGCUAUUAUUAGAACCACUGACUUUGUUGGGCCGCGCAGUGUGAGUCAGGCGCCUAUCUCUGCGUUUCCUCUCUGCAAGACUUCUAAAAAUGAGUCUUCGUUCAACCCGUCUAUGACUGUCAAAUCGUUUGAUGACUCAGAUAACAGUAACCCACAGUUUGACGAUACUCUAAGCGCUGAUGCCUCAGCUGUUCAGACGCAACAAUGGCUUCAAAAUCAUCGAUUUGGUUCUCACCUGCAAACUUUCUCCAAUUUCUCUGGAUCCGAUGUCCUGCGUCUAUCAAGGGAUGAUCUUAUCCAGAUUUGUGGACUUGCCGAUGGAAUCCGGCUUUACAAUUCUCUGCACACUAAAGCAAUUGCUCCAAAAUUAACCAUUUACGUGGCAAUGAAGCAAACACCAGGCGUUUACCAAGCAAUGUACCUCCACAAUUUGUCAGGCCAUGACAUGGUAUCAAAACUUGCCGGCUUGCUGGGUGUUGCCGCCAAUCAAAUUAAUGACAUUUAUCUCCAAGGACCUAAUAACAUUCAUGUUGUCAUCAGCGAUGAAGUUAUCAAAAACAUGAAGGACGAAUCUGCUUUCACCGUCGAAGUGUUUCCAGAUCAAGGAGGGGAUAAAUUCAGGUUACUCCUGAAGCCCUCUCCGACUCUCCCAUUGGUCAACUGACAAUCGGACAAGAUUGAACAUGUAGAUAUCAUCUACGUCAUUUCUAUGUAAGAGCAACAAUGAACUAACUCUGCUCCCUCUAUUUAGUCAUAAUUUUAUUUAUCUUAUUUAACUCUAGUUUUAUAACCACUGAGUUUAUUUCAACUUUAUCCCUGUAAGUUUCCAAAAAUGCAGUAUGAAUUCUUGUCGCUGAGCAAGUUAUUCACUGGCGAUAUUUACACUCAUCGGAACGGUUUAUCAUAUUUUUCUUUUUAUUACACAUUUCAAUUAAUCUCUCUUUUAUAUCCUUCUAUUACGUUUGUAUGUUAUGUUUGCUUUAAUUUUACCCUUUUGUUUAUUCGUUAUGAUUAUGAUUUUGUAUUUUUUGUGAUCUGUGUUCGGCCUUCACAGAAAUAUUCCUCGGUUCAGGGUUAGAGAAAUCGCGUUCCUCGACGAUGGCAUCAGAAUUUUUUCCAUCAGAUCAUUUAAACGAAGCUGACAAAGAGGAAAACUCCUGCAUUCCCACCGUUUCAAACACUGCACGAGUUUUAGUAGCAUUGAGCAUUUUUUAGAGGUACCUUCUCUAAGUUUCAGACAACUGGUAUAAGGGGCUAAAUUUGACAGUUGUUUUUCUAUCUCUUUAUGUUCUCAAUUCCAUCAGUCCACUACUUGUAAGUUUUUUCAGAUUCACCCUCCUGUCGUCAUUUUUCAGGGUUGAGAACCUCUAAAUUUUGCUCUGCUGUUAACGCUCUAACCCAAAUGCUCUUGUUCAUCCCUCACUGAGGCGAAAGCAUCGAUGAUGAAACUGCAAUAAAUUGUAUCUCAGUCAGCGGCAUUGGCUGACUUCCUGUCAUACUUCAUUUCUACAUGAAGAACAACUGAAUAUCAUUUCUUGUAAUUUCAGUAAUUUUUCUUCUCUGCGUGAUGAAUAUUUCUUAAAAAUUCCAAGUCGUGUCAAUUGUUCCUUUUUGGAAAAUGAAAAAGAUUUUGAGAAGAUUGAGCUUUAAGAGAUUUUGAAACACUACAACUGAAGUACCUAUUUUUGCCGUUUCACCGUCAUUAUGCAAAAGCUAGUGUGUAAAUAAUAUUGCAAGUAGUGAUUAUAUGUCUUUUACUUGUUAGAUCUUGUAAGUAGAAAACUAUUAAUAGCUGCUCUGAAAUUCUUCCCAAAUUAUUUGUUCGUUUUAUCUUGAAAGUUCACAAAUUAUUUGUCAUAUUUAGUGGAAUAACGAAGCAUUUGUAUCUUUCAGUCCUGCCUUGUGCACGUAAGAACUAUCUUUAGUUAUUAUCAUGCUUUUUCCAUUUUACUUGUAUGAAUACGUUCUAAUGUUGAUCAUACUAAUUUUGAGAAGGCUCCAUUGUUGUCUUGGUCAGUUGUCAGUGUCCUCUGAGAUCUAUGUCAUUUAUUUUUUAGGUUUUAUCAUUCCAGCUAACGGUAGUUUUGUUAAGAAUUUCUGUUUACCUCAAGGUUUCCUUUUUUUAGUGUGUGCAUGGUGACUUAAAUGUAAUAAUUGUAACUAUAACAUUAAUUUGAUAAGCCUACUUUUAUUGCCUUGGUAUCCUAUCUGGCGCUUCGUGCACACAGAUACACUUGGCGGAACCACCUCAGCAAAUCAGCAGUUAGUUUGAUGAAUAAUAAGCGCUUAAGCUCUGCUAAAUUUGAUUUUUCAUCAUUCUUGUAAUGUUUAAGAUUCUUUUUUUUUAUCUCUGCCUUCAACAUGUUUCAUAACCAAGUAACUGAAAUAAUUUGUCUCAAAUUUAAAUUCACCCUGUAAGCACAUUUUAAGUGGUGAAAAUUAUUACUCUCCUCAUCAUUGUCGAUUGUCUUUAAUUUUUCGAUUGUUAAGUUUUAUCUCUUUAAUUUGGCAAUUUUCACUUGCGCUUCAACCAGCACUUUAUUUUCUGCUCUCUGUAACUUUUACUUACUAAUGUUGGUUCUCGUCAACAAGUCCCAAACGACUGAUAAAAUGUUCAUAAUUUCAUUAUGUUAAGGUUCAAAUAAGUUCAUACACUAGAGACAAAUACCUUCUUACAAAUUUCAUUCAUUAAGUUUCCAAAUCGAUAUCAAGUUCUCCAUCUGAAAAGAGUACUCUCAAAUUUCAAUGGAUCAAUUUUGGUCUUAAUUAGAUGUUGACACUGACGCAAUUGACCUGCAUUUAUGUAAUCAAGUUAGUUUAUGGCUUUGUAGUGUAGAAGUACUUUUUAAACAGUAUUUUGUUUAUUUAGCUGUAUCAUCUUCAGUGCUCUGGUUUACAUGUAUAACUGUCUGAACUCCUCUCUAGGGAGAUGUGUACAUUAUUUGGAAAAUAGGGAAAGUGUUUGGGAAUUUCAUGAUUGAGACAAGAAUUUUUUUCUCUGCUUUGAGUUCUCAUAGUCGCGAGAGAUUAAUCUUAGAGGAUAAUAACAUCGAAACAGAAAAUAGGAAAGUUCGAAGUCAACCAUAAAAUUAAUGAUAAAAAUUCCUUCAUUUGUAGAUGUGCUGUCAUGCAAUGUUGAAUGGAAGAGACAGGAAUCAUUUUGAUGCGGGGAAAUCGACUAAGCCAGAGACUGCAUUUCUAAAGUAAAAGACAUUUUCCCUAUGCACCCUGGUCCAUCAUUUUGCUGCUCUUGAUUUGAGCUUGGUGAAAAAAGUCUUGAGCCAGUUUUUGUUCGUAUUGAAAUCAGUGGUCUGGCAGAAGCAGUAGUGCAGAGACUGAGAAUUUUAUCGGGUUGCAAUGUGUAACCUCUUUAGAAAAACACGAUAAAAUUCACAGAGAUUGCUCAAGGCCCAAAGAUUCAAUCUUUCUUUAAAGACUGUGAAAAGAGUCUGCACAGGAUUCAGACUAAUUCUUGACAAAAUGCCAUUUUUUCACUUGUAUGAUCUCUAGUCUCGUAAGUUUUCUUUUUCACCCUGCUUGAAUGGAAGCAUAUUUCCGCCUCUUAAGUACGAAAUCGUUUGUAUUUUACAGCGCUUAAAUUUCCUCAAAACGUUUAUUUAUCUCACCCCUUACUCUCUUGUUGUCUUCAAUUUAAGUGUUGGAGCGAAUUUCAGCAAAUGCAAAUAAUGACAUCGUGGAACAGACGUACCUACUUUCUAGUUUUUGACUUGUUAUUUCAAGUAUUCUAUGUAUUCUUGUAUUUAAAUGAUAUUUGCUUUCUACAUAGUACAAUUUUAGUAGCUGUUGUAGGAAACCAGAAUUAAUAGUCAAGACAUUGGAUCAACUUAUUUCGCACUCUUUUUAUUUUUAUCUCUGCUUUGUCAAUAUUUUGUUGUAGUAUUAAUCAGAGUCGCAGUAGAAGAACAUUUGGUUCUGGUUUUUUUUGUUUUGUUUUUUGUUUUUCUUCAUCUGUUUUGUUGAUUGCUCAUAAAAUUUAAUGGCAUUGAUUUCUCGCCAGCCUGUGUGUUUUUUUCUUCCUUUUAUGUUUCAUCUGGGCAGAAUUUCUGUACAGUAGGUGAUAAUUAUCUCCGCACAUCAACAGAGUCCUUGAUGAGUCUUUAAAACUCUGCUCGGGGUUGUCUCAUCGCAAGUUUUUUAAUUGAUUAAUUUUUCCAACAAAAUUGUGUAUCUUUGUUCUUGGUUUCUCUUUACUUGUUUUGAUAUCGAAAAUCUGUGUAUUUUUCAUAUAAAUGAGCAAUAAUUAUUGAUUUUUCAAAGAACAUGCGUUUUUUUAAAAAAAAAAAAAAUUACAAAACAGGAGAAAGUUUGAAUGAAUUGAGUCAAUCCGCUAAGAAAUUUGAUCACUUGACAUUUCCUGAUGCCACAAACACUUUUCAUCUGAUGAAAUCAGUUUUACGCAACUUGUGGUUCACUAAUCUGGUGCCAUCACUGAUAAUAACUGAUUUUCAUCAUUCCUGAGUAUUCAAGAUUACUUUGAAUGUUACAAGUUACUUUUCCUUGGGCAGCAGUUCAUAUUUUAUGUUCAAGGUCCAAUAAUCCACAGAACCAGGUUAAAAGCUUUUGAUAAUUUAAGUCUAUUGGUUCAGGGUGUCUAUAGGUACUAAAGCAAGGUGACAAUUGUUUGAAAAGUCAGGGAAAAUUUGUGAAAGUCAGUGAAUUUCACUGUGGAACCUUGAACUUUUUCCUCUGGUCGAAACAUUGCAUUUUUUCAGUUUAAGAGACUUGGCUCACAACUUUUUACGAGAAGAAGUUUUGAAUGAGAAAUCAUUUUGAAAGAAGAGGGGGAAAAAAUCUGUAAAAAGUUAAGGAAUUUUAUGUUCAAAAUUCCAGUAAAGUCAGGGAAUUUUAAGUUCCAAGGAAGUUUGUGAAAAAGUCAGACAGAAGUCCGAAAUUCUGACUUAUAGAUCCAGAAAAUAUGUUUCAAACUUGCUCUCUCGUGUCCUGGUAAAACAAGUACUUUUCAGCCAGAAUUUUUUUUUAAAAAGAAAAAAAAUCUAUUCAAAACAAGCGUUUACUCCUUCCUCAUAAAAAUUCAGUAAUCAACAGUUCAUCUUCCAACUUGUUUAUUUUCAAACGAAAAAAUAAGGUUCAAGUUCAGGUCUUAGAAUUGUUUUUCCAAUAUCCUGUAGACACCCUGCAAUAUCAACUCUUUUGAAAUCGAUCAAUUAAAUUCUAAGAAAAAAUUGUAUACUUUAAGUCAUGUUAUCAUUGAAACAUAUUUUUAUUGCGUAACUGCUGAGUAGCUUCCUUUUCCUUUUCUUGUGAAAGGCGCACCUUUUCUUUCAUUUUUAUGGCUCAAAAUAAAGUUUAUCAUCCAGUUUA